GUGCGACAAUAUUGACUAACGGGACAGCGAUGGAUAUAAUCGAGCUUCAGUCAGCUGUUCGCUCAGUCGUUAUGGGGAAGGACACGCAAGAGGAACACAGGAUCGCUUGCACCAGGUACGAAGAUGGGCGGGUACGCUUGCGGAAUCCUCACAUCGAGCUUAUGGACCAAGACAUCCUCUACCACCUCGCCCUGGGCAGCGGCUCUCACGAUCUCGUCGAGAUGUUUGGAGACGUCAAGUUCGUAUGCAUGGGCGGAACACCGAAGAGGAUGGAACAGUUCGCCGAUUACAUCAUGGGUGAGAUCGGGCACAAGCUUCCAACAGGUACUCGACUCCAGGACAUCAGCCAUUACUCCUACAGGUAUUCCAUGUACAAAGUGGGACCAGUCCUCUCUAUAAGUCAUGGUAUGGGUCUACCAUCCGUGGCGAUUCUACUGCAUGAAGUGAUCAAACUCAUGUACCACGCCAAAGUAAGGGAUCCUAUCUUCUUCAGAAUGGGAACUUCUGGAGGAAUAGGAUUAGAAGGAGGAACUGUGGUCAUCUCAGAGCAGGCAGUCGAUGGGCUCAUGAGGUCCUUCUAUGAGAUACCUGUUCUUGGAAAACUGGUACAGCGACCCGCUGUAUUGGACAAGAAAUUAGUUCGAGAACUAAAAGCAUUGCAUCAUGCUGAUGAUCCAUAUGACACUAUCACUGGAAAGACGCUCUGUACUUCCGAUUUUUAUGAAGGUCAAGGCAGAUUAGAUGGUGCAUUCUGUGAGUUCUCGGAAACUGAUAAAAUGCAGUUCCUUGAAAAACUACACAAAUCUGGAGUGAUCAACAUGGAAAUGGAAUCGCUAGCUUUUGCGGCUCUUACUCAUCAUGCAGGUAUCAGAAGUGCGGUUAUAUGUGCCACCAUUGUUGACAGGCUCAAAGGAGAUCAGAUUCAGACUCCAAAAGAAGUUCUGGAUGAAUGGCAGGAGAGACCACAGAAGUUAAUCUCUAGGUACAUCAAGAAGUACCUUCAGACGAAGGGUCGCUUCAUGGACUCUUAUUGCGGAUCACCUUGUGUCAAGUCACCGCGUCGUUUCAAGCUGGUUCAGCAAGAAUCAGAGAAUUAUGACUAAAUGUGAUUAAGAGAAGAAGAAAAAGAAGGCUUUUGCUAUGUUCUAAUUUUAAAAUGAAAGAAUUUUAUAUAAUGUAAGGGUUAUAUUUCAUAUUGCCAAAAUUUGCAAAAGUAUUC